GGUUAGUUCGCGCCUGCAUCCGCGAUGGGUCGCGAAAUUCUUUUGCUGUUACUACUGCUAGCCGUCGUGUCUCGUGGACUAUCGGACAACUGCACGUCUUGUCUGUUUGGUCAGAACGUUCACUGCACGUUCAGGCAGUACACAUCCGUUCCGACGCAUUGCUUUUCUUCUGAUGUGACAUCCAUUAAUCUUGAUCACAACGAUAUUACUGAACUGGUUGAACACCAGUUUAGCAAGUUUACGAAUCUAAGGGACAUACAUAUAAAUUACAACAAAAUCAAAUUUGUGCACAAGACAGCAUUUGAUGGGCUAAGCAAGCUUAUUGCUUUACAUUUGGAACACAACGAAAUCACCACAUUUCCUCAAAUCGGAGUGAUGGGAAUAUCUAUUGUGGAACUAAAGGGAAAUAAGAUCAAAGAAAUUAGACGCGAACAUAUCAAUGGACUCACGUCUUUGACUCACUUGUACUGAUAAGUUGUUGUUUCUUUGUUUGUUGUUUGAGCAUUUGUUUAUUAGUUUGUUAGUUUGAUAGUUUGUUUAUUUGAUACUUUGUUUGUUUGUUAGUUUGUUUGUUAGUUUGUUUGUUUGAUAGU